AUGGCCGGCAACAUGGCUAAGCUGGUUGCACUUCUUGGUUCUUCAUUAAUACUCCACACCUCUCGAACACACGCACUUAGCUGGUCUGCUGACUAUGUCGAAUGGAACCUCAACCAGAAUGAGACUGCAAGCAGUCCCCUCGAGUACUGGGGUGAAUGGGCAGAGCACCCAAAGACCCCUUCACCUUCCAACUGGAGAAUGCCCUUCUACAUGCUAACGCUGGAUCGUUUUGUGGAUGGUCAGCCAACGAACAACGAUGCUAAUAAGACCGUCUUUGAGAACGAUUGGACAACGAACCAGUUCCGAUUCGGUGGAGAUACUAAAGGCUUGAUGGAUAACCUGGACUGGAUCCAGGAUCUUGGUGUUAAGGCCAUCUACUUCUCAGGUUCACCUUUUAUUAAUCAGCCGUGGGCUUCCGACGGGUUCGGACCUCUCGACUUCACAUUGCUCGACGCACACCAUGGAACAAUCACAGAAUGGCGCGACCUCAUCGAAGAGCUGCACCGUCGUGGAAUGUACGCAAUCAUGGAGAACACAAUCGGUACUAUGGGAGAUCUACUUGCCUUCGAAGGCUGGGAGAACGAGACCACUCCGUUCAACCCACUCGAAUAUGAUGUACUCUGGAAGAGCGAGCGCAGAUAUCUCGAUUUCGAGAUUGACAACGACAUCCUUGAAGACUGCCAGUACCCAGUCUUCUAUGGCGAUGACGGUUUCCCUGUCAAUCAAAGUAUUAUGUCGACUUUCGACAACCAAUGCCGCAAAUCCGACUUCGAUCAAUACGGUGACAUGAAGGGAGUCGGCUACGUGCCUCCAUACCAAAGUCAACUUUCAAAGUUCGCCAGUGUGCAAGACCGUCUCAGACUCUGGAAGCAUGACGUCUUGGAGAAGGUCAUGCACUUCAGUUGCAUGCAAAUCGCCAUGCUGGACAUCGAUGGCUUCAGAGUGGACAAGGCGCUCCAGACCCCUGUCGAUGCUCUAGCUGAGUGGGCAACAUACCAGCGUAAUUGCGCUCGCCAGUAUGGAAAGGAGAACUUCCUCAUCACUGGUGAAGUCGUUGGAGAGCUCAAAUUCUCCUCUGUCUUCUUUGGCCGUGGCAAAUCUCCGGAUACUUACUUCGACAACCCGCUCGAAGGACAGAACGCUACUGGUCAGACCGAAGGCUACAUUCGUGAGUUUGGUAACAACGCUUUGGAUGGCACAAACUUCCAUUACCCCACAUACGGUGCUCUCACCAGAUUUUUGGGCCUCGACGGUGCCAUUGGCUUCGAAGGCGUGGACUUUGUGCAGCACUGGAACUCCUAUCUUCUCAGUGAUGAUAUGGUAAACGUGAAUACCGGGGUCUUCGACCCAAAACAUAUGUUCGGAACAACUAAUCAAGAUGUCUUCAGAUGGCCGUCACUCAUUGAUGGAACCCAAAGACAGGUGCUGGCGUUUCUCAUCACCUACUUGGAGAUGCCCGGUAUUCCUGAGUUGAUCUGGGGUGACGAGGUCGAGUACAAGGUACUUGAGAACCUUGCCGCAGAUUAUAUCUUUGGCAGACAGCCUAUGGCCUCGACAAGAGCUUGGCAGAUCCACGGUUGUUACAAGGUUGGCGCUGCUGGCAACGGUUAUUUCGAUAUGCCGUUCGGAGACGCACUUACAGCUUGCGAAGACGACACAGUCAGUCUUGAUCAAAGAAAUGCCGCUCACCCUUUGCGAAACUUGAUCAAGCGCAUGUUUGAGUUGCGCAGAGUCUACCCAACCUUGAACGAUGGGUUCAGCUUGCAGACACUCUUCUUCGACACCUACGACGUUUAUCUCCCCUACAGUGGACAACUGCCCACUCCAUUGGGUAUCUGGUCGGUGUACCGCGGUCGUACGCCUGGUAUCCAGGACCUCUCUGGCGAGGGAAUGGGCAACCAGGGCAUCUGGCUCCUCUAUUCAAACCAGAACAAGACUGUCGAGUACUCGUACGAUUGCAGUAAUGCUUCACAUUCUAUCCUUGCACCAUUCCCAGAAGGAACGACCGUCAAGAACUUGUUCUAUCCCUACCAAGAGUACACACUGAACUCAUCCACUGCCAAGCUCGGCAUUGAGGGCUCAGAGGAGAACAAUGGCUGUCUGCCCAGCAUUGAGCUCGAACCAUGGGGAUGGCGCGCGUUCGUGCCGAUCGACAAGUUCGUCGCACCUGCUCCAGUCAUCACCGGUGCUGUCCCUCGCCAUGAUUCCAGAAUCGAAACCGCCGUGGACCUGAACGAGACCGUGUCUCUUCCGAUUACCUUGCUGUUCAGCAGAGAAAUGAACUGCAGCUCAAUCUUGGAAGCUAUCAGCAUUAAUUCAACAACGCAAACAGGCGUUGCACCAUACUUCGAUGCCUCCAGCGUGUCAUGCAAGAACAUCACAGUAGAUGACUCUCAGCAAUUCGUCGGAGAGGUGUUGUCAGCGUUCCAGUGGUCUGCAAACCUGGUCAAUGUUGGUCACGGUGUGCAUACAUACACAGUAGUCAACGCAACGAGUGUCGAUGGAACCGCCUUCACCAACACCAAGGAUAGGUUCAUGCUGCGUGUGGGUCGCAAAGAUAACCCAGUUGUCUUCUCUAGUGCCAACUACACCACUGGACUUGUCCAUCGUGACAGCGCUACGGGUCAACUGCAGCUGACGCCGAAGGCCCCUGGUGCAACACUCUGGCGCUACUCGACAAACUAUGGAUCGAGCUGGUCAAACUGGACUGAUUACUCCUACUCUGGUGAACCCAUUACUAUCGAAGAGCAAGCUUGGUCUGGCACCAAAGCUCAACGAUGGGAGGGAGUCCAUGUUGUCACUCAAUAUUGGUCCCCACAAAUUGGAUCAACAGACCACGUUCAACACUCUGAUCUUGAUGCCGAUGUCCCUCGCCGAUGGCCGCAUGCCCAUGUUCAAGGGCACUGGAAUCAAUACGGCUACGAUAGCGGUCUCAACGACAAGAUGCAUCAAGAUUCGGAAGGUACUUGGAACUUCGACCUCUAUUCCGAGUUCCCAACAGCCGUCAUUGUCAACGUCUGGGGCAUGAACCCUGAAGGUGCACCUGACAAGAGUGCCGCAUAUGGUGACGUUGACGGCGAUAAUGUACUCGAUUGGGUGCCACCAGACAGUCUGUCCUUCAACCAGAUCAACUUCACUGGACCCCACUGGCCCCACACCGGAUACAGACUCGCAGUGAACGACGGUUCUCUGCGUUACACUCUUACCCCAAUUGGUUCCACACACAGACAGAUCGCGCUUUACAUCUUGCUGGCUCUUCUCCCAAUCAUCUUGGCAUGUGCUGCGGUCGCCAUCUACCACUACUCGUUCUACCGCCUGAAGUUCAACGCUAUUGGCCUUACAAAGCGCAGUUAUCCCUUCCAUCAAUUCCAGAAGAAGAAAACUGUUGCGGAUAUUAUUCCUUUCUUCAACAAGUUCUCGGAAAAGGGAGUCUCGGAGAAGAGCGCUGCCGAAAACGCCGAAGCCAGCCAGGGUGUCGUAGCCACAACCGAACCUACCAGAACCAUUCUCAUCGCCACAAUGGAAUACAACAUUAGCGAUGAAUGGAACAUCUCAAUCAAAAUUGGAGGUCUCGGAGUCAUGUCGUCGCUUAUGGCGAAACAUCUGACUCACCACAAUCUCAUCUGGGUUGUGCCCUGUGUCGGAGACGUGGUGUAUCCCAUCGAUAAAGUCGUGGAGCCCAUCGAGAUCACUAUCAUGGGUAAGCAAUAUAUGAUCGACUGUCAACUUCAUGUUGUUGGUCGCAUCACAUAUGUCCUCCUUGACGCGCCUCUGUUCCGACAACAGACAAAGAAGAACCCCUAUCCUGCUCGUAUGGAUGAUAUGGACAGCGCCAUCUACUACUCAGCUUGGAACUCUUGUAUCGCCGAAGUGUUGAGACGCAACCCACAGGUUGACAUCUACCACAUCAACGAUUAUCAUGGAGCUGUUGCACCGCUUCAUCUUCUGCCAAGAGUCAUCCCUGUCGCCUUGAGUCUUCACAACGCCGAAUUCCAGGGCCUCUGGUCGAUCAGCACUCCAAAGAAGUUGCAAGAGAUCAGCGAUGUGUUCAAUCUGGACAAGAAUCUGAUCAAAAAAUACAUUCAAUGGGGUGACUCAUUUAAUCUAUUGCAUGCAGGAGCAAGUUAUCUGCGUGUCCAUCAAAAAGGUUUCGGUGCUGUGGGAGUCUCCAAGAAGUAUGGCACUCGAUCGAUGGCCAGAUAUCCAAUUUUUUGGGGACUUCCUAAGGUAGGCAUGUUGCCAAACCCUGAUCCGGCCGAUAUAGAGCACUUCGACAAGUGUCUUCCGAACCCAGACGUUACUAUCGACCAAGAGUACGAGGCUUCUCGCGGGCCAACACGAGUGGAGGCCCAAAAAUGGGCCAACUUGAACAUCGACCCUACCGCUGAGCUGUUCGUCUUCGUUGGAAGAUGGAGCAUGCAGAAAGGCAUUGAUCUUAUUGCAGAUGUCUUCCCUAAGGUCUUGGAAGAGAAUCCCAAAGCACAGUUGAUCUGUGUGGGUCCUGUCAUCGAUCUCUACGGCAAAUUCGCUGCCCUGAAGCUCCACCACCUUAUGAAGAAGUAUCCGGGUCGUGUCUACUCGAAACCACAAUUCGUAUACAUCCCGCCCUUCGUUCAUGAAGGCGCUGAAUGGGCUUUGAUUCCUUCGAGGGAUGAGCCUUUCGGAUUAGUUUCAGUCGAAUUUGGCCGCAAGGGAGCGCUUGGUAUCGGAGCCAGAGUGGGUGGCCUUGGGCAAAUGCCUGGCUGGUGGUUCUCUGUCGAAUCUUCUACAACAAAACAUCUCUUGACACAGUUCAAGAAGUGUAUCAACGGCGCAUUGGCUUCGGAUCAUGAGACUCGAGCUCUCUUGCGCGCAAGAAGUAAGGUACAAAGGUUCCCGGUCCAGCAGUGGGUAGAAGAUCUUGAGGCUCUCCAGACAAAGGCCAUCAAACUCAACCACAAGGUUCAGGACGGCUCGACAUCUGCCUUGAACACACCUUGGAACUCGCUUCCCAAUUCACGUAACCCGUCUCGUGUGGCAUCUCCAGCAACCUCAAGACCGUCGCAUUCACCCGACCCGGAAUCAUCGCCAGAAAUAUCACCACCUCAAAUGAGGCGCCGACUGUCCAGUCUCUUGUACCCCGCUCAUCCUUCAUUGGAGAAGUAUAUGCCAUUCCGUCGCCGCCUGUCGUCUCUCUUCCCUGCAUCACGCCGUACACCAUUCACGGAUACCAAUCCUAGUCCACCUGAAGAGGAAGACGAGUCCAGGGACAGUCUUGGUGAACUCCCAAACUCACCUUCCCGUCCCGGUACAUCUGCGGGCCCCAACGGAGCUGCCUCAGGUAACUUGUUCACACCUGGGUUUGGAUUCGCCGAGGAGACAUCCUUCCCAGGUGAGGUUACAAAACCCACACUUGCUCACUACAGACGUACCUCAACGCUGAGCGUUCACGAAGUUGUUGGCGAGAAGAACGACUACAACCUACAGAAGAUUGAUCAAGAUUUCACGGAUUCCAGAAUGGACUACUAUCAUAUCUUUGAGGGUAUGCUUGAAUCUCUGAAUGCAAAGAACUCCGAGGGUGAACUUUGCAUCGAGAACUUCUUGGCCUUGGCAGAAAAGAACUGGUACCGCAGAUUCAACGAGGCCAAGCUUGGUAAAUCUGUCAUCUCUGCACCAAGCGUGAGCGGCAAGAAAUCUGGAGCAAACAGUGUGUCUGUUACAGUCCGCUCCUCCACAGAGAGCGACAGCGCAAGUGACAGUGCGCGCAGUGAUGGAGCCACCUCGCAGAACAGCUCAGAACAAUUCUUCACGAACGCCAACUACAAGGCUCCAACUGGUAUCUCGAAGUUGAUGAUCUCAAAGAUACCCUAUAUCGCCCCUGACUGGCCAUUGUACGCCUACCUCCUGUCGUUUGGACAAAUUAUCGCUGUCAACAGUCAUCAAAUCACGAUCAUCACUGGAGCCCAGGGUGAAAAUGCCAAUAAGCUUUAUGUCUUGGCAUCUAUCUACUUGGCUGGAUCUCUCUUCUGGUGGUUCAUGGUCCGUCGCUUUGCAUCCAAAUACGCGCUGUCAGCUCCCUUCAUCUUGUAUGGUCUGUCUUUCUUCUUUGUCGGUAUCUCUCCAUAUGGAAGCACCAUUGACAGCCGUGGUUGGAUUCAAAAUGUGGCUAGUGGAUUCUACUCAUUUGCAUCCGCAUCUGGCUCUCUUUACUUCGCCUUGAAUUUUGCAAGCGAAGGUGGUGUACCCAUUCAAACCAUGAUUUACAGAGCCACUGUCGUACAGGGCAUUCAACAACUCUGGGUGGCUGCACUGUGGGCUUGGGGAACAAACAUGAGUGCCCACCACACUGCCAGAUUCACUAACACAAUCAUGAACUCCAAGGCUCUUCUGGCCAUCAUGUUGCCGAUCGCUCUCCUGCUCGUACUUGUUGGUUUGAUUAUUCUUGUCGGCCUACCUGAAUACUACCACAAUGCGCCAGGCAAAGCUCCGUCAUUCUACUCCAGUUUGUGGAAGCGCAAGUUGGUCAUCUGGUUCUUCAUCGCCGUCAUCAUUCAGAACUACUGGCUCUCUCCACUGGUUGGUCGCAACUGGCAGUACCUCUUCGGCGGUACCCUGGCUCCAACCUGGGCUAUCGUUCUUCUCCUUCUGUUUUUCUUCAUCGUUGUGUGGUGCGCUAUGCUCUACACUCUUUCACGCUAUUCUGAGCACCACUCCUGGUUCUUGCCCAUCUUCGGUGCUGGUCUCGGUGCCCCUCGCUGGUGUCAGAUGCUCUGGAGCACAUCCGGCAUGGGUAGCUACCUACCCUGGGGCACCGCCGUUGGUGGCGCGAUCGCUGGAAGAGUUCUGUGGCUCUGGCUUGGUGUUUUGGACGCUCUCAAUGGCGUCGGCAUUGGCACCAUGCUUCUGCAAACACUUACACGCCACCACGUCGCUGUCACUCUGAUCGUUGCACAAGUUCUUGGUUCUCUCGCUACCAUCGCGGGUCGUGCCUCGGCACCUGAUGCCACUGGACCUGGCGCAGUAUUCCCCAACUUGGUUAUCAGUUUGAGCGGCCUCGGUGCCUGGGAGUUCUGGGUCGCUCUGCUGUUCCAGAUGGUCUUGCCUAUUGGCUUCCUUAUGUUUUUCCGCAACGAACAGUUGUUCAAGCCUUGA